GCGGCGGUGAGUGACGGCCGGGCUGGCUCUCUCCGGUUUUUCCCGUUUUCCCGGGGCCGCGGGGACGGAAAGGAGGCCGGGCGGGGCGGAGCGAGCGCCCAGGGGGCGGGGCGAGGGCCCAGGGGGCGGGGCCGGGUAAGAAAGAGGCGGAGCUCCCCGUGGAUGUGAAUUACAACUGAGUGGGGGCGGAGCCUGUACGUGACAGGGACUGAGGACGCCGUUGUGGGCGGGGCCUGAGUGUGAUGUCGCUGUGGGCGGGGCCUGAGUUGUGAUGUCGCUGUGGGCGGGGCCUGAGUGUGUGAUGUCGCUGUGGGCGGGGCCUGAGUGUGUGAUGUCGCUGUGGGCGGGGCCUGAGUGUGAUGUCCCUGUGGGCGGGGUCUAAGUGUGAUGUCCCUGUGGGCGGGGCCUGAGUGUGAUGUCCCUGUGGGCGGGGCCUGAGUGUGAUGUCCCUGUGGGCGGGGCCUGAGUGUGUGUUGUCGCUGUGGGCGGCGCCUGAGUGUGUGAUGUCGCUGUGGGCGGGGCCUGAGUGUGUGCGUCUCUGUGGGCGGGGCCUGAGUGUGAUGUCCCUGUGGGCGGGGCCUGAGUGUGUUAUGUAGCUGUGUGUGGCGCCUGAGUGUGUGAUGUCGCUGUGGGCGGGGCCUGAGUGUUUGACGUCACUGUGGGCGGUGCCUGAGUGUGUGACAUCCCUGUGGGCGGGGCCUGAGAGUGUGACAUCCCUGUGGGCGGAGCCUGAGUGUGUGAUGUCCUUCUGGGCGGGGCCUGAGUGUGUGAAGAUCUGGGCGGCGCCUGAGUGUGUGACAUCCCUGUGGGCGGGGCCUGAGUUUGUGAAGUUUUUCUGGGCGGGGCCUGAGUGUGUGACAUCCCUGUGGGCGGAGCCUGAGUGUGUGAUGUCGCUGUGGGCGGGGCCUGACUAUGACAUCCCUGUGGGCGGGGCCUGAGUGUGUGAUGUCCCUGUGGGCGGGGCCUGAGUGUGUUACAUCCCUGUGGGCGGGACCUGACUGUGCCAUUGCUGUGAGGCCUGAGUGACACUUCGCUGUAGGCGGGGCCUAAGUGUUCGAUGUCCCUGUGGGCGGGGUUUAAGUGUGUGGCAUCGCUGUAAUGGGCAUCACUUCCUCUUUGUUUCAUGUCCAGGGCACCCCAAGAGACAGGAAGUGACUGUGGGGAGACCGGAAGUGACCCCAGGAGACAGGAAGUGACCGUAGGGGGGACAGGAAUUGACCCCAGGAGACAGGAAGUGGCCCCAGGAGACAGCGCGGCCAUGUCGGCGGCCACCAUCGUGCACGACCCGUCGGAGGCGGUGGCGCUGUGCCCGGCGCUGGGCCUGUACCUGAAGCCGAUCACCAAGAUGGCGAUCUCGGUGUCGCUGCCGCCGCUGCGCCAGCCGGGGAAGUCGAUCUCGAACUGGGAGGUGAUGGAGCGGCUGAAGGCGAUGGCGGGCGCGCGGGACGCGCCCUUCUCGGCGCUGCGCAUCGCCAAGAGCACGCUGGACUUCAUCCGCUUCGAGGGCGAGGUGGAGAACCGCGGCCUGGUGCGCGCCGCGCUCGCCGCGCUGGACGGCAAGACCAUCAAGCUCAGCGGCUUCGCCGACGCCCUGCGCGUCCGCGCCGCCGAGUUCCGCGCCGACUUCCCCUCCCGCCACGACUGGGACUCCUUCUUCCGCGACGCCGCCGACAUGAACGAGGCGCUGCCCGGCGAGCGCCCCGACACCAUCCACCUCGAGGGGCUGCCCUGCCGCUGGUUCGCCGCCCGCGAGACCCCGCCCGCGCCCACUUCCGGUACCACAUCCGGUUCUGCCCCCGCUUCCGGUGCCACUUCCGGCCCCGCCCCCACAUCCGGGGUGGGCUCCGGGGUCGGCCCCGCCCCCAGGCUGGCGCCCACGUCCGCCCCGGGCCCCGCGUCGGUGGCGUCGUCGGCGUCCGGGCCGGAGCGUCCGUCGGAGGCGGUGCUGCGGCAGGUGUUCGGCGCGUUUGGCGAGAUCCGCCAUGUCGACAUCCCCAUGCUGGACCCCUACCGCGAGGAGAUGGCCGGGCGCAGCUUCCACACCUUCAGCUUCGGCGGCCAUCUUAACUUCGAGGCCUACGUGCAGUACCGCGAGUACGCGGGCUUCGCGCGCGCCAUGGCCGCCCUGCGCGGGAUGAAGCUCAUGCUCAAGGGCGACGACGGCAAGGCCGUGGCCUGCGGCAUCAAGGUGACCUUCGACGCCACCAAGCACCUGAGCGAGGCCUCGAUCCGGCGCCGGGCGCAGGAGCGGCAGAAGCUGCAGGAGCUCGAGCUGCAGCGCGAGGAGCAGAAGCGCCGGGAGCGCGAGGCCGAGGAGCGGCGGCGGGCGGAGGAGCGGAAGCAGCGCGAGGCCGAGGAGCAGGAGCGCGAGCGCAGGCGCGAGGAGAAGCUGCGUCGGCGGGAGCAGCGGGCCCGGGCGCGGGAGCAGCGGCGGAGCCGGCGCCGCGUGGAGAAGCUGCGGGCGGAGGAGCAGCGGCGGCUGAGGGGGCGUGUCCGCGCCGAGGAGCGGCGCCUCCUGCUCGCCCAGCGCAACCUGCAGUCGCUGCGCCUGGUGGCCGAGCUGCUGGGCCGCGCCGAGGCCGCGCGGCUGCGCGAGCGCGCCCAGUCCGAGGAGCGUCGGCGCCGUGAGCGCGAGGCCGAGCGCCGGCGCCAGCAGGAGGCGGAGCUUCGCCGCGUGGAGGAGGAGAAGCGGCGGGCGCUGGGGCUGCAGCGCCGGGAGCGCGAACUCCGCCAACGCCUCGUGGCCCUGCUGCUCGCCCGCCAACCCGGCGACCCCGGCGCCGACCCCCGCGACCCCGACCCCGGCGCCGACCCCGGUGACCGGGCCGCCCGCGCCGACGACCUGCUCCGCCCCGUGCUCGACAUGCUGAGGGGCGUGGCCCGCGGCCGCGUGACGGCGGCGGAGGCGACCGCGGAGACAGGAAGUGGCCUCCCGGGCGCGGGAAGUGACCUCGCGGUGACCGGCAGUGACGCCGUGGGACCCGGAAGUGGCGGGAAGCAGACAGGAAGUGACAACGCGGGAACAGGAAGUGGUGCAGGGGCAGGAAGUGACAUCACAGAAGGAAAAGGCGACGCUGUGGAGACAGGAAGUGAGGUCAGAGCGGCAGGAAAAGACCGUGGCCGGGGUCCCGACGACGCCCCGCCGAAGGCCGCACACCCGGCCGCCAUCGUCGCCGCGGGGGGAGGCGACCGCGACCGUGAAGUCGGCGGGAAGGACCGGAAGGCGCGAGAGGGAGGCGGGGCCGAGGAGGCGGAGGAUGAGGGCGGGGACCGCGAGCGCCGCCGAGGCCGCGAGAAGGACAAGGACCGUGGGGGGCGGGACAGGAAGCGGGGUCGGCGCCACCGCGAGGACCGGGACCACGAACGCUCACGGUCACGCUCGCCGCGGCACCGCCCCGCCUGGAGCCGGUGAUGGCCGCCGCCCGCGCGUGGUGGGGUGGGGUGGGGUGACAGGAAGUGACGGACAGGAAGUCCCGCCCACGACCUGCACAGAUGAUGUCGCAGACGUGAGGGCAGCCAUCUUGGCCUUUUUUAUUUUUUCUGACGUGUUUUGAGUUGUGUUUGGGGCGGGGCCUCGCGAGGUGGGCGGGGCUGCGAGAAAUAAACGCGUUGACCCCGUGA